UUACCUUAAAUAUUGGAUUUUGCACAUUUUAAAGUUGGACGUAUUCAAUUCAAAACGCCAGCACUAACAAACGAUGUUCAAUAGAAUUUUGAAAAAUCGUUUGCUAGUACAGUUAUUGCUAUCGUUGUUGUUGAGUUUCUUUGAAGUUAAAGUUGAUGCAAGUGUUUCUAUUAACGAUACAUCACUUAUUUUUUACUAUGGACCUCAAUUUUCGGAUUCUACGCGAUACGAACUUUCCGAGGCAAGUGAAAUUUUGAAAAAUCCUCACUUCAAAAAACAAGAAACCCAUUUGUAUUUUCACGGAUGGAAAGAAUCACAAACCUCAGGAUCCAAUAAUAUUCCAACUACUGUUGCCGCAUAUUUAAAGCGAAAGGAUGUUAAUCUUAUUACGGUGGAUUAUGCUAAAGCUGCGGGAGAACGUUAUUUUGAAGUUGCUUUAGUUAAUAUAGAAGAGUUGGCUCCGGUAUUAGCUGACGCGGUUAUAGAUCUGUUUGAAGCCGGCGUAGAUCGUAAGGAAUUUAGAGUCGUAGGACACUCUGUUGGAGCACAACUAGCUGCAAUGAUGGGUCGAAAUAUCAUCAAAAAAUCAAAUGGAAAACAUAAAAUUUAUCGAAUGGCAGCUUUAGAUCCAGCAUUUCCUCUUUUUGGACCAUUUUUUAAACCAAACAUUAAUCAAAACGAUGCAGACUUUGUUCAAAUUAUUCAUACCGAAGCUGGGACAUUUGGUCAACCAGUUUCAUCGGGCCAUGUUGAUUUUUGGCCUAACGGUGGUCGCGGACAACCAGGAUGUGGCUUUCUUACACUUCCACUUUUUCCUGCAGAUAUUUGUGGUCAUCGUAGAUCGUGGGAUUUAUGGGCAGAAAGUGUUGCCAAUGUAAAUAAUACCAGUCCGAAGUUUUUGGGAUUUCCAUCUCUUACCUAUCAAGAAUUUGUAUGGGCUGGUGAUGGAAAUCUAAAAAAUAAACCAGUUGAAAUGGGAAUAAAUUGCCCAAUGAGCGCAAGGGGAGACUAUUACCUGAAAACAAAUAGUGAAUCUCCAUUUGCUAAGGGAAUGGAAGGCUAUUGAACAUAUAAUAAUUUUUUUUGAUUUUGAAAACUUAAAUGUAUAAUAAAUAACAAUUUUAGUUGUUUUUAAGUUCUU